CUGAGGGAUCUAUUGUUCCUCUGGCUUUUUUAUUUUUUCUCCUCCACUCAGACCUCAUUCUUCUCCACUGACCCAGAGAACACAGUGAAGAAGAAAGAAAAGGAGGGGAAAUAGAGGAGUUAGGAGAGAAAGAGAGGGACAAGUGGAUUACCUUUCCUGGAGGAACCGCAUGCAGAAGAGUGAGAGGGACAAUAGCAGGCACACUUUCCCCUGUGCCGCAUCUUCUCGUGCGUACAUCUCCUGCUGAGUGUGUGUAUCGUGCAGGUCUGUUUGGCCAGACUUGAGCUGUGUGGAUCUAUCUGGCCGGGCUAAAGCCAUGGGGCUGGCCAGCAGGGCGCCAGGGAAAGGGGGCACUUCAGCAGGGGCUCUUGCUUCCCUCUUCAGAGUAGCUCUGCUCUUUUUUGGGCUUUGGGAUGUCCAGACACAAACAGUCGCUAACACAAGACCCACCUACAUCUGGCAAACAGGACCAUGGGGAAGGUGCAUGGGUAGUGAGUGUGGUCCGGGAGGAAGUCAAAGCAGAGCAGUAUGGUGUGCCCACUCUGAAGGCUGGACAACAUUACACACCAACUGCCAACAGUCGGAGCGGCCCAGCAACCAACAGAGCUGCUUCCGGGUGUGCGAUUGGCACAAAGAGCUGUACGACUGGCAACUAGGGGCCUGGAACCAAUGCGUCCCGGUGUCCAUGCGCAAUGCUGGCGUGCCAAGGCCAGCGGUGUGCACUCGUGGCGAAGAGGGCCUCCAGACACGGGAAGUGGGCUGUGUGCAUAAGUCGGACGCCGUCCCGGCAGAAGAUGCCAUCUGUGAGUACUUUGAGCCCAAGCCACGUUUAGAGCAGGCCUGCCUUAUCCCGUGUCCACGUGACUGUGUUGUGUCAGAGUUUUCUCCAUGGACAUCCUGCUCUAAGAGUUGUGGGAUGGGGCUGCAGAAUCGCUUGCGUUCGGUUCUUGCUCCACCGCUUUUCGGUGGUUCGGCUUGUCCUAAUCUUACCGAGUUUCGCACUUGCCAGCCGGGCAAAUGUGAGGGUGUGGAGAGCCUCCACAGUUUGAGAGUGGGACCUUGGGGUCAAUGCAUGGUUUCACCUAUAAGACAAGCCAGGGAUACAAGAGAAGCCAGAGAACCAAAAGCAGAACGGAAAGCAAAGCGGGAUCGGCAGGCCAGACAGGAGCGUCAGGGAAAGCGACGCAAGAAUAAGGAGAAGAAAGAGUUGAGAGAAAGCAAAGGAGAACGUGUGAGGGAAAGGGUCAAGGAGAAGAAGAGGAUGAGGGAUCCUGAGACCCGGGAGCUCAUCAAGAAGAAGAGGACCAGGAACCGUCAGAACAGACAGGGCCUGAAGUUUUGGGACCUGCAGGUGGGCUACCAGACUCGGGAGGUGACCUGUGUGCAUCGAAGUGGAAGCACAGCAUCAAUCAGCCAGUGCACCCAGCAAACUCUCCCAGUGACGUAUCAGGCCUGUGUGAUCUCCAAGGACUGUGAAGUAAGCGAGUGGUCGGACUGGUCUGUCUGCUCGAAGGAGUGUUAUGAUUUGAAUGGGCGUAAGGGCCAGCGGACGCGCACCCGUCAGGUGCAGCAGUUUCCUGUGGGUGGAGGAGCCGAGUGUACCGAGCUGGAGGAGAGCGAACCCUGCUCACCACAAGGAGAAGGCAUCCCGCCGUGUGUCGUGUAUAAUUGGAGAAGCACAGAGUGGAGCGACUGCAGGGUGGAUGUGCUCCUCAGCCAACAGGACCGCCGGAGGAGCAACCAGACUGGGCUCUGUGGAGGAGGAGUUCAGACAAGAGAGGUCUACUGUGUUCAGGCCCCGAGCGAAACCUCAUCCAACCUCGGCUCCCUCAAGAGCAAAGACGCCUUGCGUCCAGUGAACAGUAACCUGUGUUUGGGUGUUCCUCAUAACACCACCCAGCUCUGCCAUAUCCCCUGUCCCGUGGAGUGUGAGGUGUCCGCCUGGAGCGCAUGGGGGCCCUGCACCUUCGAAAACUGCCAGGAUCAAUCCACAAAGAAAGGUUUCAAACUGAGGAAAAGGAAAAUCAUGAAUGAGCCCACAGGUGGCACAGGGAAUUGCCCACACCUGACGGAGGCCAUUCCCUGCGAGGAGCCCAGUUGCUACGACUGGCUGCUGGUGAAGCUGGAGGAGUGUGUGCCUGACAAUGACAAAGUGUGUGGACCAGGAACCCAAAACCCCCAAGUCCAGUGCAUUAACAGUGACGGUGAAUUUGUGGACCGGCAACUGUGUCGCGAUGCCAUCCUGCCUAUGCCUGUGCUGUGUGAAGUGUCCUGCCCUAAAGACUGUGUGCUCAGUCCCUGGACGUCCUGGUCUCUGUGCUCCAACACCUGCUCAGGGAAGAACUCAGAGGGCAAGCAGACCAGAGCACGCUCCAUCCUGGCCUACAAUGCUGGAGACGGUGGAGUUCAGUGCCCCAACAGCAGUGCCUUGCAGGAAGUGCGCAGCUGCAAUGAUCACCCCUGCACUGUGUACCACUGGCAGACGGGGCCCUGGGGCCAGUGCAUAGAGGACACCUCUGUUCCCUCCGCCAACAGCUCGAUCAGCCGGGCCGCACCAGGAACCGCUGUUAAUGAUGCCUUCUGCUCUGUCGGCAUGCAGACACGGAAAGUCAUCUGUGUCCGGGUCAAUGUGGGCCAGGUGCCGCCUAAAAAGUGUCCAGAGAGUCUGCGUCCAGAGACUGUAAGGCCGUGUCUUCUGCCCUGCAAGAGAGACUGUGUGGUCACUCCAUACAGUGACUGGACUCCCUGCCCUUCCAUCUGCCAGACAGGUGGUUCUGUGAAAAAGAAGCAAUCAAGGAAACGCAUUAUCAUUCAGCUUCCGGCAAAUGGUGGCCAAGACUGUCCAGAAGUGCUCUUGCAGGAGAAGGACUGUGAUGCUUCAUCUGUUUGUCCAGGCUACAGGUGGAAAACCCACAAGUGGCGCAGGUGUCAGCUGGUACCUUGGUCCAUUCGCCAGGACAGUCCUGGAGCACAAGAGACUUGUGGACCAGGACUACAAGCCAGAGCCGUCUCGUGUAAGAAGCUAGAUAGUGGACCGGCAGAUGUGGCGGCGUGUCUGAAGUUUGCAGGUCCAAUGCCUCAACUCACUCAGUCCUGCCAGCUUCCAUGUCAGGAUGACUGCCAGCUGACCGCCUGGUCCAAGUUCUCCUCCUGCGCCGCUGAUUGUGUGGGCGUCCGAACCAGGAAAAGGACUUUAGUUGGUAAAAGCAAAAAGAGGGAGCAGUGUAAAAACACACAGAUGUAUCCUCUGAGCGAGACGCAGUACUGUCCGUGUAACAAGUACAAUGCUCAGCCAGUGGGGAACUGGUCUGACUGUAUCCUGCCUGAAGGACGUGUGGAGGGUCUGCUGGGGAUGAAGGUUCUGGGCGAUAUCAAGGAGUGCGGUCAGGGUUAUCGCUAUCAGGCCAUGGUGUGCUAUGACCAGGACAACCGACUCGUGGAGACGUCACGCUGCAACAGUCAUGGUUACAUAGAGGAGGCAUGCAUCAUCCCCUGCCCAUCAGACUGUAAGCUCAGUGAAUGGUCAAAUUGGUCCCGGUGUAGUAAAUCCUGUGGCAGUGGAGUUAAAGUACGGUCCAAGUGGCUUCGGGAAAAGCCUUAUAACGGCGGCAGGCCUUGUCCCAAACUGGACCAUGUGAAUCAGGUGUAUGAAGUGGUUCCGUGUCUGAGCGACUGCAGUCAGUAUGUCUGGGUUGCUGAGCCGUGGAGCGUCUGGAAAGUCAGCAAUGUCGAUGUGAAGGAGAACUGUGGAGAAGGUGUACAGACCAGGAAAGUCAGGUGCAUGCAGAACACUGUUGAUGGACCAUCAGACCCUGUUGAAGACUAUCUGUGUGACCCAGAGGAGAUGCCGCUUGGAGCCAGAGAGAGCAAACUGCCCUGUCCUGAGGACUGCGUUCUGACCGACUGGGGCUCCUGGAGUCGAUGCCCACUGCCGUGUAAUGUGAAUAGUACAAGGCAGAGGAGCGCCAGUCCUAUCCGUCAACCCGGUGAGAGGAAACAGUGUCCUUCCACCACAGAGAAAGAAAUAUGCACACUCAACUCCAACUGCUUCCAUUACUCCUAUAAUAUCACAGACUGGAGCACGUGUCAACUGAGUGAGCGAGCCGUUUGCGGGGUUGGAUUCAAGACACGAAUGCUAGACUGUGUUCGCAGCGAUGGCAAAUCUGUGGACCUCAAGUUUUGUGAACAGCUCGGUCUGGAGAAGAAAUGGCAGAUGAACGCGUCCUGUGUGGUUGAGUGUCCUGUGAACUGCCAGCUGUCUGACUGGUCUUCUUGGUCUGAAUGCUCUCACACCUGUGGUCUUGCAGGGAAGCUGUGGAGAAGGAGGACUGUGAUCCAGGCAUCUCAGGGAGACGGACGGCCAUGUUCCUCUCAGCUUGAGCAGUGGAAACCCUGUCCUGUCAAACCUUGCUUUAGCUGGAGGUACAGCAUCUGGUCCCCGUGCAAAUCUGAGGGUGCGCGGUGUGGUGAAGGCCUGCGCUUCAGAAACGUGUCCUGCUUCGUGUCUGACGGCUCGCGGAAGGAUUUAGGCAGCAUGGUGGAUGAGGAACUAUGUGGAGAUCUGGAGCAGACAGUGGAUGGAGACAAACAGAUCAUCCUGCAGGAGUCCUGCACUGUGCCCUGCCCAGGUGAGUGUUACUUGACAGACUGGACGAUGUGGAGCCCCUGUCAGCUCAGCUGUAUCGGCGGGGAUGAUCUGGGCUUCGGGUCAGUGCAGGUUCGUUCUCGCGCUGUUCUCGCUCAGGAACCUGAAAACCUUCUUCAGUGUCCAGAACAAGAAUGGGAGGCCAGACCCUGUACAGAGGGUCAGUGUUAUGAUUACAAAUGGAUGACCGGCGCAUGGAGGGGCUCGUCUCGACAAGUUUGGUGCCAGCGCUCGGAUGGAUUAAACGUCACAGGUGGAUGCCCAUCAACGAGUGAGCCGGUGUCAGACAGAUCCUGUGACCCAGCCUGCGACAAGCCACGCUCAAUCUGCACUGAGGCCGGGAUCUGUGGCUGUGAGGAAGGCUACACUGAGGUCAUGACGUCUGAUGGAGUUUUGGAUCAGUGUACGGUCAUCCCAGUGCUAGAGAUUCCCACUGCAGGAGACAGUAAAGCUGACGUCAAGACCAUCAGAGCCCUGAACCCCACGGAACCCACCGCAAACAUGCCCGGACGAGCCGGACGCACGUGGUUCCUGCAGCCUUUCGGUCCAGAUGGCAAACUGAAGACCUGGGUUUAUGGUGUGGCAGCUGGAGCUUUUGUCCUGCUAGUGUUCAUUGUCUCUAUGACUUACUUAGCCUGCAAAAAGCCAAAGAAGCCCCAGAGAAGACAGAUGAACAACAGACUCAAGCCUCUGACUCUGGCUUACGACGGCGAUGCUGACAUGUAGCUUAACCACGUACGCAUUACAGUACAAAAAAAACUGGUCUCCUUUUCACAGUCGGCCAUCGGUACAAGCCUCAAAAACAAGGAGACUCACGCAAACUCACCGACUGCUUUUUUUACAAGACGCUAAUGGAACCUCAGAGAGAGACUCGACCCGUGUUUAUAUAAUGUUUCUGCUCCCCUCUUCCUUUUUUUACGUUCAAACUUUUUGACUUUAUUUCACAAGAGCCUUCACAAACUCUUCAAAAAAAAAUCUUCUUCAGGAAGUCUGCCUUCACCUUUCUGCCAUUGACAUCUUUCUGUAACAUAGACUUGUCUUUUGGGAGGAAAGUUUGCAGGACCCUUUUUCAAAUUUUUAUUGAGAAAGCACAAAAAUACGCCCUUCUCCUGUUUAAUAGCGUCGCAUUUCUUGACAGCUACUGCAAUGUCGGUAUAUUUGCAGUAAUACUCAAUUUAGCCAAGCUCUUUCAGCCCUGAAAUAUUCUUUCGUUCCUGCUGGAUCUUUCUCUGCAUUUAGCGAUCAGAAGGAUAUCAAAUGGGCUCACUAGCGCCCCCUGUCGAAACUCUGGCCUGCCUUUCCCCUAUUCUGUAUCCAGGCUCCAUUUUUGCACUAUAUUAGUGCAGCAUGAACAUUAACUUAUAGCAUUGCCAUAGAAAACUGCCUCUCACAAAACAAGAUGAUGUAUAGUCUUGUGCUAGACACAUUUCUUUUUCUAAAAAAAGAGCGAGAGAUAACAAAAGUAGCCCUUUUUUUUCAUCUGAUGGAACUCACCGAGGUUUAUUUCCACAUACUCGUUUACUGGUUUCCUCUUGUUUGUGAUGGAGGGGCGGCUGAAAAGAUUUUGUGAACUCCACAAACGCCCAUGUUGUGUGUACAGUCAGAAUCAGCCAUGUGUUUGCUUUCUUUGCCUGAUUGACUUGUGUGUGGUUCAGUGGUUUUCACUUUAGAGAUCCAGGUCGGUGACGUUUUCAGUGUGUUUCAGUUUGAUUCCAAGGGCUCUGUGUUCGUAAUCUGAGCGCCUUUUAACAGUGUUAUGUUUAAUUCGUUUAUCCUGCUGCAUCUGUCUGAACCUGUUCUGUUUGCAGAUCAUCUGCUAUGUGUUAAGCUGCGGUCACACUGCACUUUUCUCCCCAUAGACUUCCAUUCAUAUGGAAACGCAAGCUCCUGUGACAAGUUUCGUAUUUUGCUGCGUUGGAAAGUUCAAGCCAGGUAAACUCUGACCUGCUAAAUUGCAUCACAUGAUUGCGUAAGACCAAUCGAAGAUCAAAACAUGGCUUCUCUGGACAGAAAUUUAAAACAUGA